UUGAAAGUGAAUUUGUAAACGGAAAAACAAAUAGUUGGUAGUCAGCCGACAACGGAUGUAUAAUAAUCUUGUGUCGAUGUGACUUUUGCUUUACUGUAUCCUACUUGGUCUGGUUUCGGUUUUUGAUCUAUAAGUAACGCACUUCUACGUGUAAAAACGCGAUGAAAAAAAAUAGGUUAACUCAAAAUCUCUAUCGAUGUUAAAGGUGAACAUGCGCUUGCUCUGUUGUUGGUUUAGUGUUUGGCGUGUGCGUGUCCCCGUAACCUGAAUCCCGAAUGAGGAAAGGGUGUCAACAAAUCCUUAACCAAGAACUGCCCCGUUGAACGGGCGCAUACGUGGAAUUGGUUGAAUGCACUUUUCAUCGAUUGGUUCGAAAUGAGAACCUCAUUGAUUAAGUAAUAGCAUGCACUUCAGCAACAUCUUUCCAGUUCAAGCGGAAGUCAGACUGAGAAACUGAAUCGGAUCAAAGACGCGUCAGACUACUGUACUUUAUCCUCCAUCUUUGACAGUGAUCAUAUUCGCGCUGAAUUUCAGCGACCACAUAUGGCAGCCCCCUUCGUUCCAGUUCAGUUCCCAGUGAUCCGGACGGGGACGUGCAGGUCUUGGCCCAAGUGGACGUCCUCGACGAGCAGCUCUUCCCCUGGUCAUCAGUCUUCCUCUCCUGCUUGGAUUCCCUGGGUGAGAGGGUCCAGGUCCUGCUGCCCCAGCACAGAGGAAUAUCCAAGUAGGCUUAAAAAAGGUACGGAGCAAGGAUCGUCCCUCCUGGAGGAUAAGAGUCCCAUCAACAGCUGGGUAGAGAGGCCCAUUACCCCUACACUGAUGGGCUUUGAAAUCAUGGAGGAGAGGGCAAAGUUUACGGUUUAUAAGAUCUUGGUGACAGGGAGUCAUGGAGACAGCUGGGUGAUUUUCAGAAGGUAUGCUGACUUCGCCAGGCUUAAUGACAAGCUCAAAGAGCACUUUCCAAGGUUUCGUCUUGCUCUGCCACCCAAGCGAUGGUUUAAAGACAACUAUGACAUGGAGUUUCUGGAGGAGAGGCAAAUCGGACUGCAGACUUUCCUACAGAAUCUGACAGCACACAAAGACAUAAUCAACAGUGAGGCAGUCAGACAGUUCCUGUGUCUGGAUGAUCCACCAAGCCCAUUUGACAGUCUGGAGGAAAGUAGGGCUUUUUGUGAGACCUUGGAGGAAACGAAUCAUCGUCUCCAGAGAGAACUUCUAGAAAAGCAGAGAGAAAUUGACAGUUUGAAGAUGGUCCUGGAAGACAGAGAACACCACAUCAUACUCUUGGAGAAAAAAGCCAAUGGUGUGGCCCUCGCUGUGGAGAGCUCUGAGGGUCUUUGUCAGCGGUCAGCCGCGGUCAGUGAGAGCGGCACAGGACAAAGCACGAACGAGUGUAUAGGCACAGACACCAACACACAAGGGCAAAGAGAUGCAGACACGUAUAUAAAUGGACAAGGACAAACAGGCAGUAAUGAAGAAGCAGUUGUCGGCCGGAGACGCUCCAUAACAGAGGCUGACCGGGAGUUGAGCCCUGCAGAAAGCUGUGAGGCACCCGGCGCCGUAAAACAUCAUGGAGCUUACUGGAGUACUCUGGUCACCACCGGUUCCCACCUGCCGUCUUAAAUCUAAGGAAGAAAGACUAGAAAUAACAGCGAGAAGACUCCAGAAUGGAAGAGUUUGAUUUAAGGAUCACAAACGCAAGUUCAUGUAGCGAAUAACCAUAGGAAAUCAUGGACAGUUGUAUUUGGUCUUAUUAGGUACCAUAAAAAAUGUCUCUCCAUCAUUUAUCACCCCAAAUGUAUUUCAACUCCUUUUUAUGAUAUAAAUUUAUGUGUAGGUCACAUUUGUGUGGGUAAGCCCUUUCCUUGACUGUGGGCGUAGAAGGUUUUGAUGCGCUAGGGAUACGGGAGGGUACUCACUUUAAAGGUGCCACUGUUUCAUCGACAUCUAAACAUGACCUUUAUAGCGUACUAACCAAAAACACUCAAAAGGAUCCCACAAAUCGUACAUAAUGACAAUUAGCUCCACAUGUCAACCUGGCUGUAAUUUUUAGUGUUGUAGCUGUACAGAGAAUGGGAACAGGUUUCACCAGAAGGUGGCACUGUGACGACAGUUUCUGAAAGUCCAACGAGUCAACACAAAGGUGAAGAAACUGGGUACUUGGAUUCUAUACGUGUUGUCAUCAUGGAUGUACUACUAUAAUACAUCCAUGCUUGUCACCAUGAAGGUCAUUUAUAUGAACAUUGGACAUAACACAGUGGUCUUAACUAACAGGCAGAGACACUUUCUCUCGCUUUAUAUCUCAUAAAAUAACUGCAAGGUUUUGCUUUUGUUCGCUGAGCUAAUGGCGCUUGGACUAUUGAUUACCAAAGACUGAUUUCCAGAGCUUUAAGCACAGCCAGGUUACGUCCACAAGUAAUAUCCUUCAUAUUCAAGCAUGGUUAUUGGAUCCAUUGAGGGAAGCAUUUGAAAAUAGAUGUUAGAUUUACCUCACGGAAACCUUGUGAAAGCAUGAGGCAGUUCAUGCCAACGCACACUUCCAGUAUUUUAUUUUAAGCAUCGGUGAAAGAGUCAUUGUAUUUGAGUAAAUAUUAAUGGUGAAAUCCAAGGUCCAUAAACAUUUCUUUAGGGCCUUUUGGAAAUACCAGAUUUUCUAGUGUUGUGUGUCAACAGAAGCUUUAUCACAUCUUCUCAUCGAGCCAAAGCAAACAUUUUGAUUAUAGGCUGACCAAUAUCAGUACAUUAAAUUAUUCAUGUGCACUUUAAUAAAGGUGUUUACAAAAGUAUAAAAAUAUUCAGUGCCGUACUGAAUCUUAUUUGCCAUGCAAAGUGAUUUUGUUACUGAUCAUAACUUUCCAAUUGAAGGACCAACUGUUGUAGUUGGCUUUGUUUCAAAUGAAUUUUUAUUGAAGGUCAAGACAAGUAACUUUGCACAUACAAGGAAUUUGACUUGAGUGGAUAAAAAGCACAAUGGAACGUAACAUGACAUAACUGUGUCCUAGGAAAACGAUCCUAAGAGUUUCGAAGAGAUGGUUGAUGAGUCUAAGAUGUUCUACAUAUUUAAAAGAAAAUGUUAACUAGCAAGUUAAUCAAGGAAACUGGGUAUCUUGGUAUGCCAAGUUGGCAACUCCUAGUCGGAGGGACAUGCUCUGAUCCAUCUGAGGGGGACUAAGUACAUCGAGUUGUUCAUUUUCAUGUUGUACUUGAGGUUGUUAAAUGUAUUGUGUAAUUUCUUUGUUUUCGUCAUCAAGCCUCAAGUAUUGUUAAACACAUUUCAAAUUUAGAGCCUGCUAUCGUUUUGUUUUUCUUAGCCUUCAUUCCCAUCUGCUGUGAACUUGUACAAGCUAACUGUGCAUUGUACCUUGAGUAAGCGAGUUUGGAGUCCAUGGGGUUGCUUUACGUGGAAAACAAACAGUCUAUACAAUCUGACAAGAACCAUUUGUUCUACGGGGCUCCUGGGAUUUCUCACUUUCAUAUAAAAUUGUACCACUAAUGUAAACUUCACUUUUCAGCAUGUGCCUCUAAAAUCAUAACGUGCUGGAAAUUUAAAUCAUCUUAUUUCCUAUGAAUGUGCAGUGCUGUCUCAUGCUUUGAAGGACUCCAGGCUCAUUCUGUUCAAAAGAAGUACAGGCAUAGAAGGUAAAAGAGGUUUUAGACAAACAUAUAGUCAUUUGUCUUGAUAAAAGCCAUUG